AACCCCCCCAGGUAUAAUUUAAAAGCACUCGAGCCAUUAUCAUAUGGAAAAUCGUGCUUUGGAAAUACAUGAUUCGUCAAAUAGGCGUCAUUCGUAAAUGCAGCAUAUUAUUAUGAAACACAGCUUUUUGAAAAAGGACAUUUAAUUAUGAAAAACACAAUAAUAGUGUGUGUGUAAAAGGAUAUUGUCAAAUAUAUUAAACAAUAAAUGUGUUUUCAUGGAAUUUUACAAAAUAAAUAGAUACAUUUAUUUAUUUAAUUAAUUCAAUUAUUUAAUAAUUAUUGAAUUAUUUCAGAAUAAACUGGUACAUUUAAUUGUUGUUUUAUUGAAUUUAUUAUUUAUGUAAUUAUUUCAUUUUGAGUAAUUUGGUCCAUCAUAUUAUCAUAGAUAGACCAAUCCUCUAUCAAACACUGCAGAACAAUUCAACAACUCCAAUAAUGUGAAAUAUCAACAUACUGAAUUAUCACAUUGAAAUUGUUGAUGUUUAAUUUCACUCUUUGUUUAGAUUAUCAUAUUUUAAUAUGCAGUUUUUAUUAUUUUUUAUCAUGCAAUUUCAUAUUUUAAGAUUCUGGGACACAAGUAAGCAAAAUCUGCAUAAAAGUAGUUUUAAAAUUAGCACAAAAUAAAGAAAAUAUUUUUACAAUCAUAUAACAAAUUUUAAAACGGUCAAUUUUAAUAAAUAAAUAAAAAAAAAAAAAAAAAAAAGGUCUCGGAUAUAAUGGUAAGAAACACAAUUGGUUUUGUCAUGAAACAAUGUUGUCAUAAAUAUUGUGUUUUGAGCUGUGCGAGUGCGAACAAAACAAGCAGGAUUAAUAGCUCUCGUUAGGGUAAUUUUCGAGGCCAGUAUUUGAGUUCAUUCUGGGCGAAAGAGAAAACACAUAUCAAAGUGUGGGGCUACUUGAUAGGCCCAUUUUUGGCGGUUUGCACUGUUCUCGGAUUGGUUUAAAAUCGACACAACUUCCAUAAGCCCCACCCACUGUUUUAUAUAUAUAGUUGAAGCAGCUUGCGAAGCUCACACACAAAACUCAAGACGUUCGUAAGGGUCACUCCUAUACAUGAAAUGGUUGUUCUGGUCAAACAGAGUCCUCAGUUGGGCAGCAAAGCGAUGGAUGGAAAUCAGCACAAAGUAGAUGCGAAUGUUCUGCUACUUGGAGCAGAAAAUGUUGGGAAGUCAGCCCUCACCGUGCGAUUUCUCACCAGAAGGUUCAUCGGAGAAUAUGGGGAUAUUGAAUCAAUAUACAGUCAUACUGACAAAACAGAUGGGCGAGAGAUAUCCUUAAAUAUUUGGGACUCUCUGUAUCCACAGAGCUGUGAAACAACUGAAUCCAUCAGUGACAAGCAGCUUCAGUGGGCAGACGGCGUGAUCCUGGUCUACAGCAUCUGUGACCGCUCCAGCUUUGAGGUGGUCCGGCAACAGGUGCAGCUCAUCCGCCAGACUAGGAAGCUGUCCGCAUCGGCACCGAUCAUCAUUGUAGGGAACAAGCGAGACCUGCUGCAUCAGAGAGCCGUGUCGAGCGAGGAGGGCAGACUGUUCGCCCUCUCCGCAGACUGCGGCUUCUUCGAGAUCUCGGCAGCUGAAACCUACCACGGCGUGCUUCUGGUCUUUCAUGAAAUACUGGAUCUCAUCAAGGAAUCCAGAGCACUAAAAAAGGGGAUGGUCGGAAUCAAGGGCAUAGUCAGAAGCGUGUCCGCAGUGUUUGGAAAGAAAUGGGAGUAAAGAACUGAGUUGGGGAUGUGAAAGAUGAUGAGCAUGAUGAAGAUAUGAGGCCCCUGGCAGCCUAGCGUCUAAACAGCUGAGAAGAGGACCCUCGGCCGAUGGGUUUUUGGAACCGAAGAGGGCCACUUUUGCCAAAUUAAUGUACAUGGACGGUGGAAAGAAAAAGAAUAAGAUGAUAGCAUGUUAAAAGUUCAGAGCCCAGCUUUAUGGUGAAGAAAUGUAGAUUAAGUUUGUUACAGCAAGGCGAUAAAAGAAGUGCUGAAGAUAAGUGGCUUUGAUUUAAGUUGGUCACAGGGUAUUGAUAUGAACCAAGAGACAGCCCGGAUGUAUUGUAGUCCUUGUCAUUUCUCAAAGAAUGAUCUUUCGGCUUUGAACAGAUGAUGUAGACGAUUCAAGUGAGCUUCAGCUCUGGAUCUCAGAUGCCUGAAAUAUAGAGUUGGACUUUAUCCUCUCUGCAUUGUCCUCUUCUGAAUCUUCACUCACAUUUAGAUGUGAAUGAUUAAGUGUGGUAAUUGGAAGGAGACUAUAUAUAGUAAAAUGUAUAUAGAUAUUUUAUGUAUAUAUUGUAAUUUUCGGAACAUUGUUUUCUGAGUUAUUCGAUUAAAGGUAUGUUCACACCAAGGAUGAUAGUUGUAACUAUACAGUUUUAAUAAUCGUUCUAAUUCCAUGAGAAUAGCAGAGUCUACAACACAAUUAUAAUGAUAACACGAACAAUAUAAUCGGAAUCACUUUCAGAAUGUUUUUUGAAUGAUAAAAACAUGGAGAAUCCACCCGAGGAGCUUGAGCAUUUAAAGUGGCAGAACUUUAUGUUCCCUUGGUGUGUACACCAAUAUAGUUAUUGUUAGUUAUCGUUAUAAUUAUUUGUCAUGGUGUGAACAAUCUAACAACUGAAGAAUGAGAUAUUAAGAGUGUCUGUACAUUGCCCUGUAUAUACUGGAGUCUUUCACUUUUUGUAUAAAUUAUGCUGUUUUUAGUUAAAGAUCUUUUUGAGAUGUUUAUACUGCUUGUAUUUCAACGAUCGAUUUCAAUAAAGGAAAAACAUUUA